AUCCUUGUAAACGUGGGCAAUUUUUUCACACUGGAGUCUGUCUUUGUAUCACCACGGAAAGGAAUUUACAGUUUCAAUUUCCACGUAAUUAAAGUCUACCAGAGUCAAACAAUUCAGGUGAACCUGAUGCUGAACGGGAAGCCAGUGAUCUCUGCCUUCGCUGGGGACAAGGACGUCACCCGUGAGGCCGCCACCAACGGGGUCCUGCUCUACCUGGACAAGGAGGACAAGGUUUACCUGAAGCUGGAGAAGGGCAAUCUGGUUGGUGGGUGGCAGUACUCGACGUUCUCUGGCUUCCUGGUCUUCCCCCUGUAAAGUCCAUGUUCCCGUGGCGUUGGUCCAGGUGUGGACUCCUCCUUGUUCCAUGAAGAUCCUUCCUGUCAUCAUGGAGUGAUGGUUCUUUAUUGCUUCCUCCUGGGUGGUUUUGGAUUCGCUCCAUGGAUUCCAGCCCCAUCUGAACUGCUCAGAAGUUCCACAGAGUUUUGUGUGUCCAAACACGAUAUCUUUGGCCUGAGACUAAAGCAGACAAUAAAUAUCAACGCUUAAGGUUUCAGCCUAGAGCUGCCUGCAAGAUUUACUCCAAUUUCCCUUCCUGGAUUCGGGGAAGAAAUGGAUUUUCUUUAACUGUGAAAAGACUGGCGCCGAGUCUUUCAUGCAGGAGGGUUUGAGCUCAGACUUCAAGCGAGAGUUAGCGCGCUGCUGCCAAAGAGCUGUGUUGAUGUGUUGGCCGUGUUUGUGUCCUGGGCUGCACUGCCAUCGCCAUUCCCCCGUCCUAGAGAGGUCAUUCCUGCUGCUGAGGGCCGGCUCGAGCUCUCCUCUCUGUGUUGUGUGUUGGAUGGUUCACCCAAAUAUUUAACUCAGUCCCAGCCAAGUCCGGGCUCCAGGGCUCUGAGGGGUCGUGGAUGUGCUUUGGUUGGGUUUGGAAGGGAUUCCUCUUUCCCACUGAUUCCUAAAAGGAAAAGCAGAUUCCAACCAUUGGUGGGCACGCAGGCACGGCUUUGCUGAACAGCUCUGCCCUGCAGGACGCCUCACACUUGUUCUUCAGUUUUAAUUAACUUGAUUGAUAAUUACUGCUUUAUUGAGCUCCCGAGGGAUUCCUUCCUUAGACACAACCACUUUGUCAGCUGGAGAUGAGAUCCCCCUUGUUCGUAUUUCUGUGUAUUUUCCAGCCCUUCUGUUGUGUUGAAGGUCUUAUCUGGUUUUGCCUUAACUCCACAGGUGUAUAAAAUAUUAGAUUAUAUGUUUAACAAACAUAAAAGGCAAAUAACUGGUACCUAACUUGGUGCAAAACCUUCCCAGAUUUUUGUACAGGUCAUGUGAAUUCAUAAACUUAUUUAUUGUCAUAUUGUUCCAUAAUAAAGAUUAAUAUAUGUUAGCUGAAUUUUUGACAUUUGGAUUUUGGGAGGAUUUUCGCUUCAUACUAUUUUUUUAUUGGAUAUAAUUAUUAUAUGCAAAAUGGAAGCUUUUGGGAUUCACAGAAAAUAUCCCGGGAGGCAGAAAAGCUGCCAUGAGUUAGUUAGUAAUCAGAGUGAUCUAGAAAUAACUAUGCAUUUCAUUUAAAAAUAGAAUUUAGGCAGAAAUCCUGGCCUCACUGAAGAUGGUGUUGAGAAUCACAUUGAUUCCAAUGGAUUUUGGAUGAAACCUCUGCUUUAGGUUCUGCCAUCAGCAUCAAACUCCAGUGCCAUCAGGUUGAUAUAUUCAAUAUUCAAUAUUCAAUAUUCAAUAUUCAAUAUUCAAUAUUCAAUAUUCAAUAUUCAAUAUAAUGAUUUUCACAUGAGCUGCUAACGAAACCUUCAUCCCUCGUGCCCCAAAUCACUGAAUUGAUGGAUCUUUGUGCCUUGCAUAUCAUGAAGGAUGUGGUUCUAAAUUAAAUAUUUCUGUUUGUUUGAAAAUGCUUGUGGGUGGAAGCAUCUGCAGCAACCUGGGAGCUUCCUGAAAGCCACUUUGGGCUGGGAUUUGCUGCUUUUGGGAUCUCUUUCCAACUCCUUCCCCUGCUGGCAGAGUGCAGUGUGUCCUGUUGGUAUUGCACUGAUUGGAAAUCUGAUUUAUGGGUGCUGUUUGUGAAGAUAUCAGGGAAUUGGUGGCACAGCUUUGUGCCCAAAUUCCUGAUUUCUUCACCCACCCCACAGGAGAUUUUGGGCUGUUUCAGGAGGGUUGGUGGGCACUUUGCGCUCCUGUAAAUCAGAUAGAAGGUGAUUUUUUACACAAAAUUUUGUUGCUGUACUGACCACUGCAGCUGGGGAAGAAGUGGAAGGACCCUGCAAGAAGGUGAAUGAUUUACAUUGCUGAAAAAUCUCAAAAAGUUGUGAUGACCAAUCAAAGUGUGUUACUGCUGUACCCCCAAAUGUGUGUAUGUAAAUAUAUGUGUAUCUCAACCACCUGGAACUGCAGAUCAUAGUUUGCAUGAUGUUAUAAAGAGGUUACUUGUCCUAAGAGUUUAUUUCAGAUGGGAGCAUCGGUAUUUUGUAUAAAACUGGUCAAAUCUACCAUUCCCCCCUGCCCAUGGAUAUCUCUGUAAUGUAAAAGAAAUGUUGCUACUGAGACAGAAGAAAAAUGGCAUUAAAGGUGUCAGUAUAAUUUC